AUGACUGACGACGAGCUGUCUGCCUUGGUGGUGGAUAAUGGGUCAGGGAUGUGCAAAGCCGGCUUUGGCGUUGACGACGCCCCCCGAGCUGUGUUCUCCAUGGUAGGGCAUCCCCAGCACCACGGGGUCAUGGUAGGCAUGGGCCAGGACUGCUACAUGGGGGAUGAGGCCCAGAGCAAGAGAGGGAUCAUGACCCUGAAGUAUCCCACUGAGCAUGGAGUGGUCGCCAACUGGGACGAUAUGGAGAAGAUCUGGCACCAUGCUUUCUACAACGAGCUCCGCGUGGCACUGGAGGAGCAUCCCAUCCUCCUCACCAAGGCACCCCUCAGCCCCAAGAUCAACCAGGAGAAGACUCAGAUCACGUUCAAGGCUUUCAACACACCUGCCAUGUAUGUGACUAUCCAGGUUGUGCUGUCCCUCUAUGCCUCGGGCUGGACCCCAGGCAUCAUGAUGGAUUCUGGAGAUGGGGUCAAUCACACUGUGCCCACCUACGAAGGCUAUGCCCGGCCCCAUGCCAUUCUUCGUCAGGAUCUGGCCGGCAGAGACCUGACUGAUUACCUCCUGAAGAUCCUAACAGAACGAGGCUACAACUUCACCGCCACCGCUGAGCGGGAGAUUGUUCGCGAUGUCACAGAGAAGCUGUGCUACGUGGCCCUGGACUUUGAGCAAGAAAUGGUCAGUGCUGCUUCAUCCUCCUCACUGUAGAGAAGCUACGAGCUUCCCGAUGGGCAGGUGAUCACCACUACGAAUGAACGCUUUCGAUGCCCUGACGCCAUUUUCCAGCCUUCCUUUCUGGGCUCUGAGUCCAGUGGGAUCCACGAGAUAACAUUCAACUCUGUCACGAAGUGCGAUGUGUAUAUUCACAAGGAUCUGUAUGCCAACACCGUGCGGUCUGGAGGCAGCACUAUGUACCCUGGCACUGUUGACUGGAUGCAGGAGGAAACUGUAGCCCUGGCACCCAGCACUGUGAAAACCAAUAUCAUAGCUCCCCCGGAGCGGAAGUACUCCGUUUGGAUUGGGGGCUCCAUUCUGGCGAGCCUGUCCACGUUCCAGCAGACGUGGAUCAGUAAGCAGGAGUAUCAUGAGGCUGGUCCUCCCAGCAUCCACAGGAAAUGUUUCUGA